AUGUACCGGAACCCAUGGAUCUCUGGCUAUGAUGUGAACCAUGCACAGCACUGUGGCCCAGCUCCUACCAAACUCUGCACUUCAGCCUCACUGCCAACAGAGGCCUUCAGCUUUCAGAGUGACCUCUCAUUAGGCCAACGGACCGCCUUGGUCAAGAGUGUCUCAGAUAUUGAUGCCAAACUUUUGGCUGCCCUGCCCAAAGUUUCAGAAUUAAAGAAACAUUUCGAGAGAGUCGUCACAAGCAAUUUGGAAAUGAACAGGAAGGAGAGGAUAGCCCGACGUCUGGAGGGAAUCGAGAGCGAUGCCCCCCCAGCGUUGAUGCCUGGUGGUCUGGUAGCUGACAGAAUGUUGGAAGAGGACCCUCCGCGCUACACCCGAGCCUCAGACCCCUGUGAGCCUUGUGUGAUGGUGAGGCGCUACAGUCGAGAGGAGAUGGAACCACAUCAGAUGCAGGUGUCAUCUCCUGACAGACCAUCCCGGGUCAGAGGUGGGGUAAGCCGACCGGAGCCUACAUCGGUCCAUGUUGAGCCCAUCACGUUAUCCACCUCCUCCUCGCCGACCUCCACCCCCACAGACCCCGCCAGCCUCAGCUCGAAGGCUGAGCGCAUCGCCCGCUACAAAGCCGAGCGGCGCCGCCAGCUUUCAGAACGAUAUGGCAUCCUCCUGGACCAGGAAGUGGAUGUUGACUACACACCGCGUUACCGAUCCCGCCGUGACCCGGAUGCCUUGGAGCAACAAGCCCCCACCAGGCGAGAUAGAGACAGACAAGAAGUGAAGGAACCGGGGCAGGAGCCCAGGGUGCCAUACAGAUCCGGAGUGGGCAGGGUUUACAUGCAAACUCACCAAGAUCCCACUCCUUCCUCCACAUCUAACCCUGCCCACACAACUCCAGCUCCUCCCCCCACACAAGAGAAGCCCAGCAGAUUCUCUGAGAGAGAGAGGAUGAUGAACAUGGAGAAUUACCGGCGCGGUGGGGCCAAGGAGGGCUCAGUCAGCUCCAGAGCAAGAACCCAGGAGCCAUAUAAACUGCAGCCCCAACAGCAUCAACAUCAGGGCCCCGCCCCUCAGGAACCAAGCCCCACAUCCACCAGGGACUACAACAUGGCGGCGGUUCCCAGUUCCCCCCGUACCGCCCGCCGUGCCUCCCUGCCCUCCACACGCUAUGGCAUCUCACCUGGGGACUUGUUCAUUGAGCAGCAGGCCCAGAGCAUCCUCAAUAGACAGGGUAUUUUAGUUCAUUUGGAGAGUGGAUUCUCAACUUUCCUCAUACAUUCCUCCCUUUUAAGAAUCAGAGUUAGAGAAAGAAUGUCAAAGGAUGAAACUGAACAAAUGCACCCUGAGUGGAGUCCAGACAGACAACACGGCAUUCGACAACGUGCUCAAACGAUUGCAGCUCAGCCCUCAGCACAGGCCAGCCCAGGGCACCAACCUGCCCAUGGCCAAAUGAUCUAUCCUACUUCAGUUUACCAAUCCCAUCAGCCCAGCCCUGCAGGGGACCCCCAGCCCUAUUUGGCCAUGCCUGCCCCAGUGGCCACCACCAAGCUACCUGGACCUCCAGAAGUUCAGCCACGGAGGAGACAGAGUGCUGACCAAAUCUAUUCUGCCCACAAAGAGUCUAGGCUGGAAGCCAAACAGGCACUGAAAGAAGAGGUCCACACAGAGGGGCUGCUGAAGAGCAGGAAAGCCGUGCUGCCCUCAGAGAUCCGCCGGAGAGAGAGGAGUGUUGACGACCCUCAAAGGGGCCGACAUGAGGACAUGGAGAGCCACAAUGCCAGUGGGAGGAGAGCAAAUAAAGCUGAGGAGGAUAGGGAAAGGCCCAGGGAGAGGGGGAGGGAAAGAGGGAGGGAGAGGACCAGAGAAAGAGGGAGAGAGCAUCACUUGUCCAGUCAUAACAACCAGGAAGACAGAAUUUUUAGGUCUAUGGAGCCCUCCCAGUCCUCACCACGCCAGCAGCCUAGACAGCAUCAAGCCUCGGAGCUUGUGUACCUGCCAGAGCCUGUAUAUCAACAGCCCCAAAGGCAACAGCUAGAGCCCUCAAAGAAUGAGACCCAAAGACAAGAUCUUGAAAGACUCCAGCAAGACAACCAGAGGAAACAGCAAGAGCCUCAAAUACAGCAGGUCUAUAAGCCUCAGGGGCACCAGCACCAGCAGCAGCAUCAGCAGCAACAAGAGCCCCCAGGGCAGCAGCGGUCAGACUCAGCUGUCUACCUCCAGAAGGGCUCCUCUCUCCCCCAGGCUAGACACAGAAACAUGGAGACCAGCGGAGGACCCAAGCCAAAGAUACGAACCCGUUCCAUGUCGGAUGUGGGCAUAAGCCAGCGGUCCGCCAUGUACCGGAGUAUGGAGAGGGCAGCAGCCAGCCGAGAGGUGGCCUCCACAGGGCACCUUACCAGGGAGGGCGCAGUGGCUAAUAGUGUGGAGGUGGGAUCACUGGAUACCAGGGUGUCGGUAGCACAACUACGACACUCCUACCUUGAGAACGCCAACCGGAAACCUGAGCUGGAGACUACUAAAGUAGAUCUAUCAGCAAUGGAAGUAGAUCCAGCUAGUGGCAGCGAUCGUGAUCGGGGCGUGCGGAGGCCUCGACGUUACAUCACCCCGGGGGACAGUCGUAUGUCGGAGAGGUUUAGGACCCAGCCCAUCACCUCUGCCGAGCGGCAAGAGUCUGCUGAUAGUUCCCGUUUGAGUCCAACACAGCUGCAGGAUGCCGAAGGCAAUGCCUUUCUUCCGCCUUAUUCCAUAGAUGAAGAAAAACUCGAUGAGAGAGCCAAGAUGAGCGUGGCUGCCAAGAGAUCCCUUUUCAGGGAGCUGGAAAAAACGUCAGAGGGGGGUGUUCCCAAACCUCGCUCACGAAACGCCGCUUUGGAGAGACGUCUGAGGAGAGUCCAGGACCGCUCACACACACAACCUGUCACCAACAAGGAGGUGGUCAACGCCUCCACGGACCCUGCCAUGACCUCACAAACCAUGGGUGUCCACGCCACGGACACCCACGUUCCCAGCCCCAAUGUAGUCAGCACCACCUUGACUAGCUUCAGCCUCCAGGCGCCCUCACAGCCAGGCUCAGGAGCCCCAGACCAGGAAAGGGAGAACCAGGAGCACCAGGAGUUCCAGCAGCCACCCCCGCCAUCCGGGCCCCAGAUGGAGGGAGGUGUUCAAGAGCUGCUAGCAGAUGAGCCUGACCUGUCCAGCCUCAGCCUGGCUGAGAAGAUGGCCUUGUUCAACCGCCUCUCCCAGCCCACUGCCAAGUCCUCUGAGGGGUCUGGGGACAAGGGGGACAGCCGCCAACGCAGAGCCAACGCCCGCUUCCAGACGCAGCCCAUCACCCAAGGAGAGGUGGAACAGGAGGCUGAGCCAACGGUUACCACUUCACUAUCAAACGGUGACUUAGUCACCAAUCAGGGACAACAUCUGCAGAAUGGAGGCGGGACCAAGCUGGAGCCCCUGUCAGCCUCUCUCAUCCGCUCCGUGGCGGCUGUCACUUCUCAAGCUUCCGUAGCUGUUGUCCCAGGCAGCGGUGGUGGCAGUGGUGGCAGUGACGGCGAUGGACUCCGCCUAGGAAAAUCCACCACUGUCACCUACAACCCUGCCCAACAGCAGCCUGCCCCCAGCGGCACCACCAGCAGCCACCAGGAGAGGGCGCUGAGGUAUUUCUCCAUGACCCAGAGUGGGGACCCCGGCCCCUCCGAGCCCGAGCUCACCGCCUCCCCCCCCCUUCCUCCCACCUCCCGCUUCUCCACUAGUCACGAGCAGGAGGAGGAGGAGGGAAAGGAGGAGGGGUGGAGAGAGAAGCAUGAGGAGGAGGAGGAAGAGGAGGUUUGGGGUAGACGGCUGGGAGGAGCCAGUGAGGAGACUCGAGGCAGCGGCAGUAAGGGAAAGCCGCUCUCCCCAGACAGGGACAAGGACAGCAGACAAACCCUCAUCAGCAGCCAGCGAGAGCCCCCUGCUGACCCUUGUUCACGGAGGGGUGAGCCAGAGCUGCUGCCCAGCGGGGGAACUACAGACAGUGACUCCCAAGAGAGGAGGGAGAGAGGAGGAGGAGAGAGAGAAAGAGGAAGACAACGGAGAGAGGCUGCAGCAGCUCUCAGCUCCUCCGCGCAAGAACUGCAGCAAGUGGAGAGGAGCAGCAUCAGGAGCCGGGCUGUCGUGUCAGGGCUUCCAGAUCACCCUGUGUCAUUACGGCCCGCCACAAAAAUUGUGUCAUCCAGGAGUGCAUCACACGUCUCCAGCACCCAGCAGAAGCCCCUUGCCCCGCCCCUUCAGACUCUACCCAAAACUCUGACACAACAACCACCUCCAACCCAACCCAAACCCCAAUCCUACAUCCAACCGCAACCCCAGGCAUACAUCCAACCCACUCAACCUACUCCCACCCACCCCAGACCCCUCACCCAACCCCCACAAACCCAACCCAAACCUCAAGGCUACGUCCAGCCCCUCCCCAAACCAUACUCUCAGCCAGCGCCACAGCCUCAGGCUCAUCCUAAACCCCAGGUGCCUCCCCAUACCCUUCCCAAGCCCCAGUCCUUCCCACAGUUGCUGGUCAAAUCCCAGUCCCUGCCGCUGGACCACAGCGAAGACUUCAGCAGGCACUGCGUCCACUCAGGAGAUCUGCUGUCCCCCACCGGGUCUGGUGAACAUCUACUCGACAACAUGUCAACCAAACAGAUGUCCAUAAAAGAGAGACUGGCACUACUGAAGAAGAGUGGUGAGGAGGACUGGAGGAAUCGCAUCAACAAGAAGCAGGAGGUGGUGAAGGUGGCUGCUACUGAGCAGCAUACUCAGCUAUGGGAGACAGAGCAGAACUACAAGAAGGAGGAAGGGGUGGUGCUUCAAGAGUAUUCUGCUGUGUCUGUGUCCGAACAGCUGUGGGAGCCCGUCUUCUCUUCCACCUAUUCUCCUCCUAUCUCCCUCGGCCAAAAGUGUCAGUACAUUGACCAGCAUAGUCAGAGGAUGGGAGAAGACAUCGAGGCCCAGAUGACCAUCGAGGAGAGGAAACAGAUGAUUUCAACUUGUGAGGACGCCUGGAAGACAAAGGGCAAGGGAGCAGCCAAUGACUCCAGCCAGUACACGGUGGCCGCACGCAUGGUCAAGAAAGGGCUGGCAGCCUCCUCCUCUGUUAUCAGUCCCAUCCUGUCGCCAGUGUCCACCAAACUCAAAAACAGCAUGCCGGCUGUCAGCAAGCCUCAAGAAGAAAUUGAGGCCAAGGGAGACAUGGAGUCCGAUAAGAAGCUGGACAAGUUGGAGAGCUUCUUGGGACGACUGAAUAGCAAAGUGGCUGGUUUGCAGGAAACCACCCUGACAGUGACUGAAAAGGCAGUGAAAGAGGUGAUGAGGCUGGAUGACGAGGUCUUCUCCAAGUUCUACCGCCAUGUAGCCGACUUCCCACGCAUGCCCACUAGGAUCGAGAUCAACGAGGAUUUCGAUGCCAUCUUCGGCUCUCAGGGGCCCAAGUUAACCUCAGCUAUGGUGCAGCACAAGCGAGCGGUGCGUCCGUCCCGAAAUGUGCAGUCAUCUCGUAACCCUCUAAAGAUGCUCGCUGCCAGGGAGGACAUCAGACACGAGUACACCGAGCAGAGACUCAAUGUGGCUCAGCUGGAGAGCAAGAGGAUAAAAGCUGAGAAGAUGGUCAAGACCUCAGAGUAUUCUGAGGCUGCUCUGGCAGGCCUGGCCAGUAAGGAGAACUUCAGCAGCGUCAACCUCCGCAGCGUCAACAUCUCUGAGCACGUGUCCAACAACAGCGCUGUGCCUUACAAGAACCUCAUGCUCAUGCAGGUUAAAGGCCGUCGUCACAUCCAGACCAGACUAGUAGAGCCCAGAGUGUCGUCUCUGAACAGCGGAGACUGUUUCCUGUUGGUCACUCCUGAACAUUGCUUUGUGUGGAUAGGCGAGUUCUCCAAUGUCAUAGAGAGGGCCAAGGCAACAGACAUGGCUUCUUUUAUCCAGACUAAGAGGGACCUUGGCUGCAGGGCUAGCCAGAUCCAGACCAUUGAGGAAGGGCCUAACUCUCAGGGUCCUCAUGCCCAGGUCUUCUGGAGUAUCCUUGGAGGACAGGCCGCAUACCAACCUGCGGGCCCACCAGAGGAGGAUGAGCAGUUUGAGAACGCCAUCGUGGAGACCAACUGUAUCUUCAGACUGGUGGAUGAUAAGCUUGUCCCUGAUGAUGAUGAAUGGGGCAAAGUCCCUCACAGCUCACUGCUGCAGUCCAAGGAGGUUUUGGUGUUCGACUUUGGCAGCGAGGUGUAUGUAUGGCACGGUAAAGAGGUGACCCUGGCUCAGAGGAAAGUGGCCUUCCAGUUGGCCAAACACCUCUGGAAUGGCACCUUUGACUACACCUGCUGUGACAUAAACCCCCUGGAUCCCGGAGGCUGUAACACACUCAUACCCAGGAAGGGCCAGGGACGUCCUGAUUGGGCCAUAUUUGGCAGGCUUACAGAACACAAUGAGACCAUCCUGUUUAAGGAGAAGUUUCAGGACUGGGUUGACACAAAGGCAACAUCACCAAAAGAUGAACAACUCCCAGAGCUGAGGGAGGCUCCAUGGAGAGAGUGCAGGCCGUAUGAUGCUGCGCUCAUGCUCCCCAUCCUCCAGUCAUCCAUCUGCACCAUCCUGGACGGCACCAACGUGGGCCGUGGCCACGGCCCAGUGGAGGGAGAGGACCCCAUGCGGACGCUGGAGAUCAGCACGGUGGCUGUUGAUGUCUGGCACAUCCUGGAGUUUGACUACAGCCGCCUGCCGCGCCAGAGCAUCGGCCAGUUCCACGAGGGAGAUGCCUACGUUGUCAAGUGGAAGUAUAUGGUCAGCGCCACAGUUGGUCGCAGACAGAACCCCGAGGCGAGGAGUGCUGGACCAGGGAAGGAAAAAUGCUGCUACUUCUUUUGGCAAGGUAGACACUCCACUGUCAGUGAGAAGGGAACAUCGGCUCUGAUGACUGUGGAGCUGGACGAGGAGAGAGGGGCACAGGUGCAGGUGCAGCAGGGGAAAGAGCCUCCGUGUUUCCUGCACUGCUUCAACGGGGGGAUGAUCGUCCAUGCCGGGAAGAGGGAGGAAGAGGAAGAAAACACACAAAGUGAGUGGCGUCUGUACUGCGUGCGGGGUGAGGUGCCGGUUGAAGGCCAUUUGCUGGAGGUGGCGUGUCACUGCAGCAGCCUGCGCUCCCGAGCCUCCAUGAUCCUGCUCAACAUCAACAAGGCCAUCAUCUACCUGUGGCAUGGCUGCAAGGCCCAGUUACACACACGCACAGUGGGAAACACCGCCGCACUCAAGAUCAAGGAGCAGUGUCCGCUGGAGGCCGGUCUUCACAGCAGCAGUAAGGUGACCAUCCAUGAGUGUGAUGAGGGGGUCGAGCCUCCGGGCUUUUGGGAGGCCCUGGGAAGGAAGGACAGGAAGGCCUAUGACUGCAUGCUGCAAGAUCCAGGUAAAUUCAACUUCACUCCACGGCUCUUCCAGCUGACCAGUUCAUCAGGGGAAUUUAUGGCUACUGAGUUCUUCCACCUGUCCAGAGCCCCUGACCUGGUUAGCUCACUGCCCUUCCUACAGGAGGACCUCUACAACGCACCACAACCAGCAUUGUUCCUAGUUGAUAACUUCCAUGAGGUGUACCUGUGGCAAGGCUGGUGGCCUCUGGACAGCGAGAGUCCCGGCUCAGCACGCAUCCGCUGGGAUGCAGACAGGAAGUGCGCCAUGGAGACUGUGCUGCAGUACUGCAGAGAGAAGAAUGAGAAGAAGCCUCAGAAGUCGUAUUUGAUCCACGCUGGUCUGGAGCCCCUGACCUUCACAAACAUGUUCCCCAGCUGGGAGCACAGAGAGGACAUUGCAGAGAUCACCGAGAGGGAGGCGGAGGUGUGCAGUCAGAUUAUCCUGGUAGAGGAUGUGUUGGCCCGGCUAUGUCAGAACAUCUACCCACUGGCCCAGCUGCUGACCCGGCCACUUCCAGAGGGAGUAGACCCCCUCCGCCUGGAGAUCUACCUCUCUGACGAGGACUUUGAGAAAGCUUUGGAAAUGAUGAGAGAGGAAUAUGAAAGUCUACCGGGGUGGAAGCAAGUGAAUCUGAAGAAGGCCAAAGGCCUGUUUUGAGGAGACCCAUUAAAAGAUUGUAUGUGAAGUGGACAGUGGACAAAGAAGGUGGUUGAGAGAUAGGGAAGAUAUUUCUCACCCCUCGUUUUGUAAUGAUGCUAGGUGUUUUUAACGGAGCUAAAUGACGGUGACGAUGACUUAAAGAGAAGGAAAGGACCCGACAGUGAACGCACCUACGGUGUGCUAGCCUCGCUUAUAGUGACGUUUUACUUUUUGACCGUGUAACAACGCAAGGAAAUCACGCGCGGUCUGCAAGUGGCUGUAACUGAAGGUAAAAACUAAAACCUCUGCUUUGUUUCAUACGUGGCGACUGUCCAACCGGAGUCUUCGACAAGCACCUGGAUGACUGCUGAUGACACGGACCUGUGGACGGUACAACGUGCACACUCUUGCAUCCGACCCUUGUUAGGGGUGUGAUUUUGUUACGACUGUAUAUGUAUGCAAGUGUGCGCGGAUAACCUUUCAAAAAUGUUUGUAUGUGUACACGUACAAGUGUUGUAUAUGUGUGGAUUUGUAAAGUUUGUGUGUGUGUGACAGAGAAACUGUGUAUAAUCUUUGUAUACACUAUGUACAUGGGUGUGUGUGUAUGUGUGCAUUUGUGAGUUUUGAUGUAAAAACAACCCUUGUGGGAGGAUGGAGUCAGUCUAUUGAGCUGAAAGUGUUGUCUCAGAUGUUGGUAGCGAUGUUGUCCCUGUUUCUCUAUGGUGUGAUGCCAAGUUGGUGCCCUAUCCUGGGUGAGCUAAUUGCGAUGCUAAAAACUGUCCAGAUGACAGACUUGACGCAUAUAAAGAGCAGCAACAAGGGUUUUAAUCUAAAGGUAUGCCAGUUUGUAAGGGAGAAAACAACUAGAUGAAUUUAAAUGUAUAGUGCCUUGCUUUUUGUGUACAGUUUAUAUACAGAAAUUCUAGUCUGCAUUUCAAGACUUCCUUUGUGAUAAACGACAUAGUGAAUUAUUAAAUCAUGACAAUGCCCAAAUCAAAA